AUGUCGACACCGUCCACGGCCACCGCGACCCAUCCCUCUCACCAGCGCUACGGUUACCCUCACUCCUCUUAUCAAACGACCUCGACGUACCCAGCUCCUGCCACGACCACCGCAGGGGCUCGUCUCGCCAAUUCUUACACUUACUCCGUCCCCUCACCUACAACCUCCACCACCCUACCUUACAGCCAGUCGUCCCGCGUCGCGCCGACCACAUCUACGCCAUCAGGCAUGGUCUCUCAUCAGAGUGGCUCAAGUGCGGCUCCUUCACAAAAUGGCCGGAAAAAACAGCCCGACUGGGGCGAAUUCUACAAAAAUGGGAUUCCUAAGGAGGUCAUCGUGAUCGAUGAUAGUCCAGCUCCAGAGUCAUCAAACGCCGCCCCUGUGCCUCCGCCUCAUGCUACGACCGCGGGCCAGCCUCCCGUGACCCAGCCGGCUAACAAGAAGCGACGUACUGGAAUCGAGACCGCCUAUGAUUUAGGCUACUACGACCGACCGUCCUUCUCUAUCAACCCGCAGCGCUACGGAGAAAACUCUUCGCACUCUCUGUCCACCGAUCGAACCACAUCGCUGCACACCACUGCACCGACGUCGCUCGGUUCUCAAGGUAGUGCGGGUGUUAGCAAUACGGCGGUAUAUGAAGAUCCCUCUGUCGGUCAAAAGCGGAAACGAACCACUCGGAAAUCCGCUCGCGAUGAGCAGAAGCGCCGCGAUUUGGAGACUGGGGGCGAUGCCUUCCUCAGCUACGUCCCACCGCCACAUCCCAUAAUCAAGGCCAAGGAUGUCCCUGUGCCAGUGAUACGUGACAUGGCUGGCCCUCGCCAUGAGAAAUUCGACGACGACGACGGUCAUUACUUGGUGACCCCGGACACCCCUCUGACAGACCGAUACUCUAUCAUCAAACUCUUGGGCCAGGGUACAUUCGGCAAAGUAGUGGAAGCUUAUGACAAACAACGAAAGUCCCGCUGCGCCGUGAAAAUCAUCCGCUCCAUCCCCAAGUACAGAGAUGCGUCUCGCAUCGAGCUCCGAGUCUUAUCGACUCUGGCCUCAAACGAUAAGAGCAAUCGGAACAAGUGCAUUCAUCUUCGAGACUGCUUUGAUUUUCGAAACCACAUUUGCAUUGUCACCGAUCUGCUGGGUCAAAGUGUGUUCGAUUUCUUGAAAGGGAACGGGUUUGUUCCCUUUCCGAGCAGUCAGAUCCAGCACUUUGCGCGCCAGCUUUUUACAAGCGUUGCCUUCCUCCACGACCUCAACCUUAUCCACACCGACCUUAAGCCCGAGAACAUUCUCCUUGUGAGCAAUGCAUACCAGACCUUCACCUACAACCGAACCAUUCCGUCUUCGUCACAUGCCAACCCCCGAAACGCUCGUCAGCGGCGGGUCCUCCUCGACAGCGAAAUUCGACUGAUUGAUUUUGGCUCGGCCACCUUCGAUGACGAAUAUCACUCAUCGGUGGUUUCAACGAGACACUAUCGAGCCCCAGAGAUCAUUCUGAAUUUAGGAUGGAGUUUCCCUUGUGAUAUCUGGAGUAUUGGAUGUAUUCUGGUUGAGUUCUUCACUGGUGAUGCGCUAUUCCAGACCCACGAUAACCUAGAACAUCUGGCGAUGAUGGAAGCGGUAAUUGGACACAAACUUGACCAAAGGAUUGUCAAGCAAGUUACGCAAGGCCGUACUGGCAACCACAACUCGGCGUCAAAGUACUUUGUGCGGAACAAGCUUGAUUACCCCAACAACGAAACCACCCGGGCAUCUCGGAAGUACGUUCGUGCCAUGAAAGAGAUCAACGAGUUUAUUCCAACCAACUCAAACUUCAAUCGUCAAUUUCUUGACCUUCUACGACAAAUAUUCGUUUACGACCCGAAACAACGCAUCACGGCCAAAGAAGCCUUGAAGCACCCCUGGUUCAAGGAGAGCCUGAUUGACGACGGCACUGAAGCAUACCGUAUUGGCAUGGGCUUGCAUCGCCAGGGUCGCUAG